AUGUCCACUCGAUCACAUCCGCAAUUCUCAUUUUUUGAUCUCGCAAAGAAUUAUAUUGAAACUUUUAUCAAGGUCCGAACACGACAUGAUAGUCGAAUUGCGAUUGGAAGGGAGAAUGACAGAUAUUUCUUAAUGACAACUCAAACAAGAUAUCCAGAAAAUGUCAAGGUUGUCUCUGAAAAACUGGGUGGAAUCGUUGUCGACGAACUGAAAAAGCUGACUUUACCGUAUGGAAGUGCCCAAUUACACCACACAAUUCUCGACGCAUUCCGUGUAUUACACGUGAAUAGAGCACAAACUGGAAUCGAUGGAGUCGGAACGGGACGGGCAAUUCAGAAUACUGAACAAGUUGUCAUGAUUUUAUUAACUGAUGGAAGUGGAAUCAGUGGAAUUCCUAUUGAUUUUCGAUUAUUUUUUGAUCCGCCGUUCUUGGGAAGUGAAAUGACAAAAGAGGCGUUCCGGUGGGAUCAGAAGUUGUAUACAGUGGUAUUCCGUAUUCCAUCCACUCCCUACCGACCCACUCAAUCCCAAUUGACCACCAUCGACAUUGAUCUCCCAGUUAUCGAAAAGUUGUGCUCCCGCACAAGUGGGCGGAGUUUCUCGAUCAUCUCAACGCGACAAAUUCAAAUCUCAAUUGAUUAUAUUCUAGCAAUGGCGAGUCAACAUAAAGUUGGCGUUCGAUUUGAUUGUUUACCGGCGAUACCUGGAAACGUUUCACCGGACGAAAUCGCUCGGAUAAAAGCGAAAUUCAAGAAAGUGAUCGAUAAGAAGCCGGUGACCAAUUUGAUCUCUCGACUGAAUCCACAAGGAAGACCUGUUUCGUGUCAUUGGCCAAUUCCCGAAUCGUAUUUUCCAAUGAGAGCUAUGGACCAACUCCCCCAACGUACCGCUCAUCCCGUCAUUCUAUGUGCUCCAAUGGCUCUUCCAUUGACAAUACGAACAGAAAUUCCAGUGGAUAAACUGGAAUUAGAGCCAAGUGGUGUCUCUGAUAUCAUUAUGGAAAUAUUACAAGGACGAAAGGAUAUGACUGUUUGGACAUAUAUAGAGGGUUCAUCGAACGGUCCGACUGCUCCAUUCGGAUGUCUUCGUAUGAAUACAAUGGGAACUGGAAUCACUCUUAUAUUACUUCCAUUCAACUUUCCAUUGUUCUAUCCACUAAUUGAAGAAGUAAUCAAAGAUCCCAUUCUGACGACAUCACAAGUUUGGAGACAGAGACUUGACUCCUAUUUUCAGACUGUUCCUUAUUACUAUUUUACGCAAAUGCGAAUCUGUCUUGACAAAAUCCGAGUGAAAGUUGAGUACAACAGUUCGAUGAGUAACAUCUACGCGGGCGCCCUUCUCUCACAUCUGAAUCGUCUCAAAGUGAAAGCGAAAGAAGAAUUUGAUCAAGUGGGAAUUGCGACGAAAUUGAAUGAAUCAAGAGCGCCCAGAUUGACGAAUCCAUCGAUCCGAAUCGAACGAAUCACAUCUCGCACGUCGAUCAUCGGAUUGGGAACUGAAGAUGAUAAUAUCGAGGAUGAAAACUUGGAUGGUGUCGAACCGACGCCCAUUUACUCGGGAGAUUUUCAGAUUCCUCUCUACCCUCCUCUCAUUUCUGAAGCUCACGGAGACACUUCAUACCGUAAUCCGUAUUCAUCAACUAUUGAAGAUCUAGUUAGCAAACUGAAUAAAAUCGAAGCGAACGUUGAGAUGCUGUUCAAUCCCCAUAAGACAACACUUCUGGAUAUGGCGAAACUUGGUGUCAAACCGAGAUUCAAUACGCUAGAAGAACUCCACAACAUGCCACAGAAAACAAUGGGAGAAUAUGAAGCAUAUCAAGCGGCCCGCCAACAAUUCUACGGGCCACCGAUGCGAAAAAUUGACGAGGAAAGAGAUCGGACGCAUGCAUUUGGAAAUCCGUAUAAACUGAAAGGAAUGGGUGCUGGAAUUGAUGAGGUAAUGGACAGUGCUGUGGUCGAAGGAAAUUCUCCACAAGGACAAGGAGGAAAACGAUACGGAGAAAUACGUCAAUCCGUCGGCGGAGGACCUCCAAAGAGACGACGAGGACCACUGGGAAUUGAUGCAUUCGAUAUCUACCGAACACGUCGAUCAAUGCGUGGAUCAUCUGUUGCUUCAUCUGAAUUUGAUAGGCGAGAUUCCAUCGACGAUUUACCCGGAUCAAGAGAAAUGACACCUGGAACGAGUGGAGGCAGUACUCCAGUCAAUGAAUUCGAGGAUUUACAGUUACAAGAAAUGGAUUCAGAUGAGCAAUUACAGAAGAAUUUGGAUGAGGUGACGGAGAUGAUGAACAAGAGAAAACGAGAGGAAUCUGGGGAGAAAGUGGAACAGAAAGUGCCGAAGAGAUUGGAGAUUUUGGAGCCGCCCGCACCGCCAGCUGAGAUAAUAUCCGAUCAGGAAAUCAUCACUCGAAAAAUCAGAAUUGGAUCAAUUGUCAGAAAACCAGCGAAUCACCGCGCAUACGAAGAGAUAAUGACACUUGUCACUGGAAUAACCAACGAAACGUGUUCAAAACUCAUCAAAUAUGCCGUUCGAGAGUCUCAACGAUUCAAAUUAAAACAAUUGACACAGAAACUGGAGGAUCGAUUAAAAGUUAUUUAA